AUGGCAGGCAACGUCCCCGUCACACGGUCGCUAAACGACAUCUAUCCCGAGGAUGCCCUCGAGGGCCAGCGCAAGAGAUGGAGCAACUUGUUGUCCUCGUUCAAGGACGCCUAUGGACGCCCCGCUGAGUUCGUGUCACGCAGUCCCGGUCGCGUCAACUUGAUCGGUGAACACAUCGAUUACUCGCUGUACGAGGUCAUUCCCAUGGCCGUGACGGCCGAUGUCCUGCUCGCCGUCGCUGUCUCUCCCGCCAAUGGCUCGCCUACUGUUCGCAUUGCCAAUGUCCAAUCGGACAAGUUCGCUACCCGCUCCUUCACCAUUGCCCAAGAUGGAGAAGUUGACAUUGACCCUACGUCGCACGAGUGGACCAACUACUUCAAGUCCGGCCUUCGUGGUGCCACUGAGCUGCUCAAGAAGCACGGCGUUUCUGGUAUCGGCCAAUUGAACAUGGAUAUUCUGGCCGAUGGCACUGUUCCUGCAGGAGGUGGUCUGUCCAGCAGUGCUGCUUUUGUCUGUGCCAGUGCUUUGGCAGUCAUGAGAGCCCACGGUCAAGAGACGGUCGACAAGAAGGAGCUCGUCGAGCUGGCUGUUGUUUCUGAAAGAGCUGUCGGUGUCAACUCCGGAGGUAUGGACCAGGCUGCUUCAGUCUUCUCACAGAGAGGUUCUGCUCUGUAUGUUGGCUUCCAGCCAGAACUCUCGGCUCGCACCAUCGAGUUCCCUCAGACACACACUCCUUUGACCUUCGUCAUUGCUCAAUCCUUUGUCGCAGCCGACAAGCACGUCACCGCUCCUGUCUGCUACAACCUUCGUGUUGUCGAGUGCACACUAGCUGCUCGUGUGUUGGCCAGCAUCUGUGGUCUGAAGGAUCUGCCCGAUGACUCGUCUCCGCUAGGCUUCAGUCUGCGCUCUUUCCACGACAGCUAUUUCAAGAAGAAGGGUGCUGUUGGAGACGAUGUCAAGGACUUCAGAUCUCAGCUUGAUCAGCUUGUUCACAUCGUCGACAACUACCUACCACAAGAAGAGGGAUACACACGCGAGCAGAUCUCCGAGCUCAUCGGCACCUCUGUACCUGAGUUGGAGAAGAGAUACAUGACCAAGUUCCCCGUGCGUGCCGACACCUUCAAGCUUAGACAAAGAGCUAUGCACGUCUUUGGCGAGGCUGUGCGUGUUCUGCAAUUCAUGGACUUGCUUCAAUCGCCUACUCCAUCUGACGAAAAGGAGAGCGAAGAGCUCCUUAAGAGCCUCGGAAACCUGUUGAACGACACACAAGAAUCAUGCCGCGACAUCUACGAAUGCUCAUGCCCUGAGCUCGACGAGCUAUGUAAGCUCGCUCGCUCAGCUGGCGCGUAUGGAAGCAGAUUGACCGGCGCUGGAUGGGGUGGUUGCAGUGUGCAUCUCGUGCCUCAGGCCAAGGUCGAGGCUGUCAAGAAGGCAUGGGAAGAAAAGUAUUACAAGAAGCGAUUCCCCGACAUGGAUGCCGCAAAGUUGCAGGAUGCCAUUGUUGUAAGCAAGCCCGGUAGUGGAAGCACUCUCUUCCAAGUUGCCGGCAGGGAGAGUCUUUAG